AUGGCUAUGAACAAGAUUCCUGGCCACAAUAUCUAUGUUGGCGGGGUAUUAUCACUCAAGAACCACGCGGCGUUGACUAGAGCGAAUAUCACCCAUAUUGUUUCUGUGCUACGACUACAGCAAGCAGACGAACUGUUGGCGCCUUAUCAACGCCACUGCAUUGAAGUUGACGAUGUAGACGAUGAGAAUUUGCUGGAGCAUUUCCCCGCUGCUGUCAAGUUCAUUCAGUCGGGACUCGACAGCGGUGGCGCUGUACUUGUGCAUUGUGCGAUGGGGAAGUCACGCUCUGCAACUGUGUGCAUUGCUUACAUGCUACAUCAGCAGCGUAGUGCGCUGACGCCGCAGUCGGCGCUUGCCAUUAUCAGAGAGAGCCGACCCCUUUGUGAACCCAACGAUGGUUUCAUGGAACAGCUCGAACUCUACCACCAGAUGGGCUGUCCCGAAGACGUUACAAGCCACCCUCUGUAUAGCAGAUGGCUCUACCGUCGCGAGGUGGAAGAAAGUGUAGCAUGCGGGCGGGCGCCGGAAAUGAAUACCGUCCUAUUUGAGGAUGAGCAACCGCACAGGCCCCAGGAAUCCACCGGCCGCACGACGGAGAUUAAAUGUCGUAAGUGCCGACGCAAAUUGGCAACUACGCCGUUCGUUAUUCCCCAUGGCCCCCAGAAACCGGGCGUAUCUCUCGCGAAUACGGAGUGUGCACACAUUUUCCUUCAUCCAUUGACGUGGAUGCGUCCCAGUCUCUUCCCUGACAACGAGUCUGAGGAUUCCGGCGCACCCCUUGGCUCGCCGCCGGCAGAUGCGCCGUUAUCCGGUCGUUUGACCUGCCCGAACAACUCCUGCGGUGCCAACAUUGGAAAGUUCGCCUGGCAGGGUAUGCGGUGCAGCUGCGGCGAGUGGGUGGUUCCCGCUAUCGGCCUGGCGAAAGCCCGAGUAGACAUAUCCGAGCAAGUGAAUACGGCUCGGGGGCCAGCCCAGGCAGCCUUUGGCAUUCGCCUUCCGCCUGGAAUGCGGCCUAAUCCCACUGAUGAGGCCAAUGGGAGGGGGAAUCUCUAA